AUGGGCUUGGCUAGAUCUGGACGAAGCAGCCUUGUCAGAACUAGCGAAACGAUCUUCAGACGUCCAGCGACGUAGCGCCUUGGGAAAAGUUCACGUUUAAGUCGCGCUGCGUUCCAUCCAUUUCGCGUCAGAAGGUCAUAUAUAUAAAGACAUACACCAUUGUAGAGGAGGUACUCGAUCAGUGACGUUGUCCGAUCUAUCGCAGCAGCCCGUGUCCAUUCUGAGAAACAAAAACUCUCAUUGUAUUGCUCUUCUGAAUCAGCUCACUGUCUCUUGGCAGUCCUAUCGAUCGUUAACAGAUAUGGCCUCCUGGGCGCAGGCUUUGGUGAUCGGACUUUUCGUUCUAGUAUCAGGUCAUGUGUUCCAGCAGUGUGAAGCUGCCUCAUUGGCCAAAUACCGAGAAAGCUACAUCGUGAAAUUUCAACCCGCUACCUGCGAUGGCCCUGGUGGAAAACUGAUUCUGAUGGGGCCCAAGGCUCCCAUAGCUCUUUAUGGCGCUGGAAACUUUCAGGUGUUUACAAAAGCUGUGAGCGCGGGGCAGAAAGUCCCUCUGGACAUGUGGAACCAAACUCUUCUAAGAGGGCCGGCUGUGUACCAGAUCGAACAGAGCGGAAACACUGAUGCUUGCAUGGAUGUGGACCCUGAUUCUGAAGCAGGCAGUGGCCUUGCACAAGAUGUAUGCGUAAAUCAGUUCACCCAACGCCAGGAGUUUGAGUACAAAGUAGUGCCGAAGAUGGUGCCUGGUUGCAAGAAAGAUAACAGGAACGCCGUGGCCGUGACCAUCAAGUCGCUGGCGAACCCACCGUCCAAUUUGUGUUUGUCUGCACCCAAGAUGCCAGGUGCUCGUGCAACGACCGCAAUCUGCAACGAGCGUGACGACAACCAGCUCUUUUUCAUUAACGUGCCAUCGAUCAGGCGCCGGUAGAGACGACUGCCCAGGCAUCAGAUGUGCUUCGCGAACUGCGCGUCCGUCAAGAUUCAGUGUUCAAUAAGGCUAAGGGCCACGAGAUUCAGCCAAGAGCAAAUCGAUCGUGAUUGCGACGGAGUGUUUACAGACUGCUAGUCUUUACAUGGCUUGAGAUUCUUAGAGAAGAUUGCAGUUCCCGGACUCGCAUUCUUCUAACUUGAAGAGGAUGUGCCCAAUUGCAUGCAGAUUGUUGAUUAGAACGUAGCGCUGGAGUAGGCUGAGAAUAAAUUUGUUCUCUGUCUGAGACUGGAUUGGGUGCGGGAUCUUUGAUAAUAAAGUAUAUUCAUGAAUUCAAACGGC